AUUGGUCAACCAAGGAAAGCCACCUGCCUUCUCCGACAAACCGUGUUCAGCAUCAUCUUCUCAGUUGCCGUUUCUUCUCUCUUGGCCAAAACCAUCACGGUGGUGCUGGCUUUCCUGGCCACAAAACCAGGAAACCGAGUGAAGAGAUGGUUGGGGAAGAGCUUGGGCAACUCCAUCAUCCUUUCUUGUUCUAGUGUCCAAAUUACGAUCUGUUCCAUCUGGUUGGGAAUUUCUCCCCCAUUCCGUGACUCGGACUUUCACUCCCAGCCUGGGGAGAUCAUCCUGCAAUGCAAUGAAGGCUCUGUUUUCAUGUUCUACAUCACCCUCAGCUACAUGGGCUUCCUGGCUGCCAUCUGUUUCAUGGUGGCUUUCCUGGCCAGGAAUCUCCCUGGAGCCUUCAAUAAAGCCAAGCUGAUCACCUUCAGCAUGCUGGUCUUCUGCAAUGUCUGGGUCUCCUUCCUGCCCACCUACCUGAGAUCCCCAGAGAAGUUGCUUCCCAUCAUAAUUAUCAUUAUUCUGGUGAUAAUGGAGAUCUAUUCUGCUAGGGGGUAA